GUCACUGAUACCACAGCUACACUUCUUGAGAUGGAUGCAUUUAAUAAUGCAUCAGGGGCAAUCUUUGCCAGCCAAUUGUGCAAAGAGGGUCGGACAAAAUUGCAGCCAGAUAGAUGGUGGCAAAUGUUUGGGCCUUCAACCCCAAACCUUCAAAAAAUUGCCAUCCGCAUAUUGAGCCAGCCGUGCAGCGCUUCUGGAUGUGAGCGCAACUGGAGCAUGUUCGAGCACAUCCACUCGAAGAGGCGAAAUAGAUUGUCUGUGGAGAGGUUGAAUGAUCUAGUCUUUGUUCAUUACAACCUCCGUCUCAGGACCAGGCAGAUUUUGGACGAUGACUCCUCUCUGAUCACUCUAGAGGAAGUCGACCCCGAGUCCGAUUGGCUCACUGAGUCCACCGAUCCAGUCUUCACUGAUGAGGACCUUGAGUGGGUUGACUAGGUAGACAGAGAGGCUGAGGCUGUGGCUAUGGCAGAGGAGGAGGAUAGAGCACGAUCAGGCACAACACCUAUGGCUACUCAGACUGGCACAUCACAGGCAGAGACUAUGGCUACUCAGUCAUCCAGGACCUACCUUAGACGCCUUUGUAGGAGGCAGAUAGACGAGGCUGAGC